AUGCAGCUCUCCAAAGACACCCACAAAUCACGAAGCAACAAGUCAAGCCAAAGCAAUAACAAAAUUUCCCUCCAUAGACGUGUCUCCGCUGUCUACGAGCACAUCCAUCGCCGCAUCCAGAUUGAAAUACUCCGUCACCAGCUACACAAACUUCCUCUCGGCCGCAAGACGCCGCCUGUGGGGGAGUACCUGGGAGACGAGGACCUGGGUGAGGAUGUGCUGUACGACGCCGACAUCUUCUGA